UCUUGUCUUAUUUGGAAACUUGAAACAUAGUCGAGAAUAUCAAAAGGAUUGUAAAUACUUUCCUAGCGCCUAAAUCGGAAGCAGCCAUCAAUCUUACCAAGUUUGUGAAAGGUCAUUCCGACUUUGAAUUGCCUCGUACGACUGGUAAUACCGCUGGGUUACCGAGGGUUUGGCUUCGAGGCGAGAAUAGGCCUGCCAACAAUCGGCCGAACCUACUAUUUCUGGAUUUACCAGAUCUCUCUCAGGUCAACAUAUUGGCGGAGCGACCUAUUUUAAAGGGAAUUAAAGAUCUGAUUAAGAAUAAUACUUCAGGAAUCGUCCCCAUUUUCGGAGUGAGUGGAUGCGGCAAGACCCGUGGCGUGCUUGAGCUAUUAUCUUGUCAAUGGGGAUUUUACUUCAACGCUUCUGGAAAUGACUUGGGGUCGGGUGACAUGACUUUUCUACUUAACGAGAUUCCGAAUCAACUUACGGAAGAUCGAAGCGCCAACAACCUUACAGCUAGGGCAUUAACGUUCAUACUAUUGCUUGCACGACUAAAGAUCCUCCAAUACUGCUUGCAAGUUCCGGAUAGUAAGAGUACGUUUACAUGUGCAAGAUGGACUAUACUCCAAGCUUGUCCUUACAUAUUCGACUUGGAUGUAUUUGAUACACUUUUUCGAGCAUUUUACGAACUAGAGUGGAAAACAGGAACAACCUUAUACAACAUAGUAACAUUUGAAUUUGAUGAGACCCAGAGACUUCUUGGUCUUUUUUCGGGUGCUUCAGGAUCCACAAGGUUUUUAGUAGUAUACGAUGAGGCGCAGGUCCUUGGUGAAGCUUGCCUUAACAAAUUUGGGUUGGCAGCGGAAAUGUCUGCUCGGCCGUUGCUUUAUCCUAUUUUGCUUGGAAUUCGAAGCAUCGCAGGUAAGGAGGAACUCACGGCCGUCACUACUGGGACAAGACUCUGUAUUUACACUCUUACAUGGGUAGAGAAGAGUGGAUCUAUUCAGGAGGGAUACAGGAAUAUAAUCAUUUCAGAAUUGCUCGAAUCAUUCAUGGAAUAUCUGAAGUUUGAGUGCAUGGAGUUCCCUGGAUGGGUUGGUUAUGAGUCAGUCAGUACUUAUAUCACCAAUCUUAAGGGCCUACUUAAGGACGAAGCCGCGAAAACUCGCCUAGAUGAACUCCUACCACCACAGGCUGUUGAGUUGAUGGUGAAAAAACUUGUUGGCCGUUUUCGUCCAAUCACCAAAGCGAUUGAGAGGACCAUCGAAUUCAACACGAAAGAUGGAUGGAAGCGAGCAGUCGAUCUUGUAGAAAAGGAUCUUGUCUCAUACGAUUUAUGUAGAGAGAAAGCCAACCUCUGCUAUGAACUUAUUCGGUUGGAGAGAAAAUUUACUCAAAAUAUUAAGCUAGCCAAGGAUUUUAAGAAUCCGAUGCUCAGCUCAUGAAAUUUUAAAGCUACUACUCUUUCAGCGCUAUAUGUAUGGAGAUACGAGUAUAGUACUUCCAAGGGCAGAGCCUUUGUUAGUGGAACACGCUCUAGGUAGGUUCAGUAUUGUCGGGAAGAAAACAACUACUGUGGUAGACGAACCAUUUGUGCUGGCCGCAGUAGAAAACUAUUUCAAGGCGCAGGACCCUGAAUUUGUAAAUAGUUUAAAAGCAUGGAUGGAACAAACAGACAGUCCUCAAGCCCAAGGACGUGGGUGGGAGCCGAUGAUGAUUGGAGUUUUCAUGGAUGUAUUUCAAUCAGGAUCAGAGAAUAAGAAUCUUUGUAACUGGGAUCACAGCCCAACGAUCCGUUCUAUGUGCGAAGAGCUCGAUGGAGAUGCAGAAAUAGUUGGUUUGCGCGAUAACGGCAACCAGGGGAUCACGCAU